AUGGUUUUAUUUCCAUCUAUAAAUAGAUUAGCAAAUCCAAAUACUGGUGCUGGAUUAACAAAUAAUCGUAGAAGAAGGUUAUUUAUUCCACCUUCAACUCAAUAUCCUUUAUUUAUUUAUGGUGAAGGUGAUGAUCAACGCUCAUUUUUAUCAUUAAUUGAAAAUGGUAGUGAAAUAUUUGAUAAUGAUGAUAAUAGUGAUGCUGCAAGUGUAAGUACAUCAAGAUCACUACCAUCUUCAUUAAGUUCUGCUCAAACUACUGAAGAUCAAGAAAGUUUUCACUCAUGGUUAGUUGAAGAACAUCAAAGACGAAUAUCAGCUGCAAAUUCGCCCAUUGCAAGUGAUGAUGAUGAUAUAGAAUUUGCUUUAGCUAGAAGGCGAUCAAGUACUGUAUCUUCAAAAAUUGAUUUUUUAAAUUUAAAAACAAAUUAUAUCAUUGAAUUGAAUACAUUAAUUAGGCAUUCGAUUCCAUUAAUUUUAACAUUUAUAUUAGAACAUAUUUUUUCAGUUGUUUGUUUGGUGGUGGUUGGUAAAUUAGGUACUAAUGAAUUAGCUGCUGUUUCAUUAGCUACAAUGACUUCACAAAUUACAUUUGCAAUUUUUGAAGGUGUUGCAACUGCUCUAGAUACAUUAUGUCCACAAUUUUAUGGUGCUGGAAAUUAUGAAAUUAUGAGUUUAUUUGUACAAAGAUGUAAUUUAUUUGCCAUGAUUUUAUUUCUACCUUGUGCUAUAUUUUGGUGGUUUAGUCCAUAUGUUUUAAAAUUUAUUAUUGAUGAUUCUGAAGUAGUUCAAUUAACUGCUCAAUUCUUAAGAGUUUUAAUUAUUGGUGCUCCUGGCUAUAUAUUUUUUGAAAUUUCAAAAAGAUUUUUACAAGCUCAAGGUAUAUUUGAAGCAAGUACUGGUAUUUUAUUUAUAAGUGCUCCGAUAAAUAUUUUUUUAUCAUGGUUUCUCGUAUGGAAUGAAAGAUUUGGAGUUGGAUUUAUUGGUGCUUCAAUUGCAACAUCUAUAAAUUUUUGGUUAAUGUCGAUUUUAUUGAUACUUUAUGUGAAAUAUAUUGAUGGUUCAAAAUGUUGGUAUGGUUUAGGUAGUGUUCAAGAAUUAUUUAGUGAUUGGGGGAUUAUGAUUCAAUUGGCAAUUCCAGGUGUUGCAAUGCUUGUUAGUGAAUAUUUAGCUUAUGAAAUUAUGACUUUAUUUGCAUCAUAUUUUGGUACUGUUCAAUUAGCUGCUCAAAGUGCAGUAUCAUCAAUUGCAUCAUUAACUUAUAUGAUUCCAUUUGCAGUCAGUAUAGCAGCAACAACUAGAAUUGCAAAUUUUAUAGGUGGUCAAAACAUGUCAGGAGCAGUAAUAGCGACUAGAAUCUCAUUAAUUAUUGGAUUGAUUGUAUCAAUAUCAAAUUUUGUAAUUUUGUUCGUAUUUAAAUCUCAAUUGGCAAGAAUAUUCAGUGAUGAUCCAAAAGUUAUUAAUCUAAUUGAAAAUUUAUUACAUCCAUUAGUUGCAAUUUUACAAAUAUUUGAUGGUAUGGCAUGUUUAAAUAGUGGAAUUUUAAGAGCUCAAGGUUUACAAAAAAUCGGUGGGAUUAUUAAUUUUACUGUCUAUUAUAUAUUUGCAUUACCUUUAGCUUUAAUAUUAAGUAAAGUAUUUGAAUUUAAAGUUUUUGGAUUAUGGUUAGGUAUUGGAAGUGGUAUGAUUUUAAUUGCAUUAAGUGAAGGUAUUGUAAUUUUAUUUAGUGAUUGGGACCAAAUUUUAUUACAAGCUGGUUUAAUUAACGAAAGUGAUGAUAAUGAUGAUGACUUAUAA